GCGCGGGGCGGGCCCGGGCGGCGGCGGCGAUGAAGGUGGCGGUGGCCGGGUGCUGCCACGGCGCCCUGGACAAGAUGUACGAGACGCUGGAGCUUUUGCAGCGGCGGCACAACGUGCGGCCCGACCUGCUGCUGUGCUGCGGAGACUUCCAGGCGGUGCGCAACGAGGCGGACCUGCGCUGCAUGGCCGUGCCGGCCAAGUACCGCCACAUGCAGACCUUCUACCGGUACUACUCGGGAGAGAAGAAAGCCCCGGUGCUCACCGUGUUCAUCGGCGGCAACCACGAGGCUUCCAACCACCUGCAGGAGCUGCCCUACGGCGGCUGGGUGGCCCCAAACAUCUACUACCUGGGUUACGCGGGCGUGGUGCGGUUCCGCGGCGUGAGGAUCGGCGGCAUCUCGGGCAUCUUCAAAUCUCACGACUACCGGAAAGGCCACUUUGAGUGCCCACCAUACAAUCAGCAAACAAUUAGAAGUGCUUACCAUGUGAGGAAUAUUGAAGUCUUCAAACUCAAACAGCUGAAGCGUCCCAUGGAUAUAUUCAUGUCCCAUGACUGGCCCAGGAGCAUUUACCACUAUGGGAACAAGAAACAGCUCCUCAAAAUGAAAUCCUUCUUCCGCCAAGAAGUGGAGAGCAACACGCUGGGGAACCCUGCUGCCUCGGAGCUCCUGCAGCACCUGAAACCCACCUACUGGUUCUCAGCACACCUGCAUGUUAAAUUCGCAGCUUUCAUGCAACAUGAGACAAACUCCAAAGAAGAGCUGCCAAAAGCAACCAAGUUUCUGGCUCUGGAUAAAUGCCUACCACACAGAGACUUCCUGCAGAUAAUAGAGGUGGAGCACGAUCCUAAUGCAGGUGACUCCCUGGAGUAUGAUGCUGAGUGGAUUGCAGUGCUCAAGGCCACCAACAGCCUGGUUAAUGUGACUCAGAGCUCCUGGAACAUGCCUGAAAAGAACGGCCUCCAUGCCAAGUGGGAUUACAGCGUGACAGACGAAGCCAUCAAAGAGGUGUUAGAAGAGCUGAAUCAUAACCUCACAAUCCCCUGUAACUUCACCUUGACAGCUGCUUGUUAUGAUCCCAGCAAACCCCAAAAAAACAUGCAGCCAGUUCAUACCAUCAAUCCCCAGACCACCGAGUUCUGCGCCCAGUUUGGCCUCACUGACAUCAACAACAGGAUCCAGCAGGCGAAGGAAGAGGGCUCAGGACGGGGUGAAUGUGAAGAGGAGGAGGAGGAGGAGGAGGAGAUGGACAGCACUGGGUCAGCAGAGGAGCCCAGUGAAUAUAACACAGAUAACUCUGGCCUCUCCUCCAUCAAUCCAGACGAGAUAAUGCUGGAUGAAGAAGGUGGCGAUGAAGACUUGAGUACAUGCUCUGUGGACCCUUCCCCUGAUCACCCUCCCGAGUUCUCCACCAGCUUCUCUGACAUCCGGAUCAUGCCAGAUUCCAUGGCAGUGUCCUCCGAUGAUGCCAUGGACUCCAACAACGAGGAUCUGGAGAAGUCUGGUGGCAGCAAGCAAGGGGAGGAGAAGAGCUCCACUGAUAGACCGUUGAAGCGCAUUGGGGGUGAUGAGAACGGGAACAGUGGCAUUAAAAAGAUCAAGAGGAGGAAUCAAGCCAUCUAUGCUGCAGAGGAGGAAGACAAAACAGAUUAGCACUUCCUGGGAUGGGUAACUAAGUUCUCUGCCAGCCUUUCUGUGGGAAGGUGGUGAGAACUGCUGGACUACUUAUGCUUUUAAUGUUACGUGAUCUUAUUCGUUUACUUUCUUGAGCUGGAUGUACCUCUCACGGAGAAGAUGAUUUAUCUGGGUUAAACGUGGAAGUCAGAAGCAGACUAUUCCAACAAAGUACUUUGACAAAGGAUUUAAAGCUUAUCUAUCACUCAGUUUUGCUUCAGUCCCUGGUUAUUGGUGUAUUCUCCAUAUCUUCAGCUGUACAGCUCUACAAGAGUCACUGUGCUCGUCUAACAACAACUUAGACUGUAACCCAAGCCCAAGUGAGAGGAUGUCUGACUUACAAGACUGAAUGAUUUGAUUUUAUUGCUUUUGUCUUGUUUUAUACUGAACUUUUAAUACAAAGUAGCACACAAAAUAGCUCUGUGAAUUACAUUUGAAAGUAGAAUUCCCAGGAUAACAAAACAGCAAUAGAAGAAUAAAGAUUUUUUUUUUUUCUGGUCUUAGUCAUGCCAUAGGAAAACUUCAUGGUUGUAAACAAAACUGUGUAUUGUCCAGGAUUGCUUUUAAUUAUAGUUUUGGUAGGGAACCAAGUCUCUUGAUUCGAAGAAUGACAGUUUUAUGGGGACCAUGGCAAAGUGCAUCUCUGUUCUUAGAACCUCAUUUGUGCUCUGUUUCUUAAGACUUGAGAACAAUGUCUUAAAACACAAGUAGUUAGGAAGAACAGCUUCCUAAAUGUGGGCAUCACCACUGUCCCAGUUCUUACUGAUUAUUAAUUAAGGCUCUGCUGUUCAUACAAGGUGGCGGCUGUUUUUAAGUUGCCUCAGGCAGUAGCACCCAUUGUGAUCAUCAGCCUCCCUUUUCACUUUUCACUUCUUUUCAGUAGCUGUAACUUGCUGAACUCUUACAGCUGGAUUUGGAAUCUUCCAAAGCACCUUCAUAACCUUUGGCUGAGAGCAGAGACCCUUUUGGAAGAUUUCUUUUUGCUUUUUUUUACCCUGAAUUAUUAGCAACCAAAUUAGACACUCCUUUGGCCUGAAAGGCUGUGAGGAUAACAAAACUUCCUGAGUUCAUGGCAGUGACAGUGUUUUCAAGCAGAUGUCAUUAGACUAAUUUCUGCCAGUGUCUGCUGGUGUUCUGGGCUAAGCUUUUGGAGUCCAGACUUCCCCACAACUGUGGAAGUAGCUCCCGUGCUCUUCCCCCUCCAAGGCACAGGGAGUGUGGAGGAGAAAGUGUCCUAACAGGAAGAAGGAACUGGACAGGGAGCAGUGAGUGAAAUGGAUUGGUGAGUGUGAGUUCUGUAGCAGGGAAACACUUUGAUCUCAAGAACCACCUGGUUCCUCUCCUGUCAGCAGUUCACUAUGAAAACUAAACGUGUGUGAGUAUUCAAGGACUAGGACAUGACAAAAUUCAUGCUCCCUUAGUUGAAUUACCAGCUCCUCUGUCAGAACAGCCCCAAAGGGCCGCGCUGAGGGGUGAGGAGAACCUGCGAGUGUUUGGGGUGACCCUCAGGGGGUGUAAAGUAGCUCUGAACUGUCAGAUAAGAUACUGAAGAUAGCUGAGUCUCCUUAAGGGUCCUUGAAUCAGGACCCUUAAAUCUGAAUCGUGCCUCAUGAUCUGAACACUACAAUAAAGUAUUUUAAGGAUAAAUUGUGUUCUGGACUUGAAAGCCACCCAAGGGCCCUGAGUGUGGUGUGGAGCUCUCAGGUUCUCUGCACUGAGUGGAACAUGUGUCUUACAUGGAAUAGACUUUUCACUCUGAUUUCUAUUGCUUUUAAAGCUGUUUUGUUGUGUCUUGUCCCACAUCCCCCCGCUUCUGAUAAAUAUGUUUAGGCUCUUUAGAAAGCAGGAGACUUGUACAAGGUACAAUACUGAUUUUUGAACCUUUUCAGGAAUUUUUUAUGAACUAUUACAGCAUCCAUUAAGCAGAAUGCAGCUGGUAAAUACAGUUACCAUACACUUGUCCAGAGCUACCACUUGUCCACACCCUCUUUGCAGUUUGCAGUGUCCUCCACUACCUUGCUCUCAUCCAUUAUGGAUUUUCCCUGCUGGCAAGAUCCUCUGCUGCAUGAUUUCCAUUGAAGCUCUGAGCUGUUCCAGUAAAGGCCAAAUACUUCAAAAAGUAUGUAAAACUCUAGGGAAGGCUGACAACUUUAAAUUGGCUUUUAAGACCCAGAGCCUCUAGUCCUCUUUAGAAAGAAGCUUUAGAGUUUCUUUGAAAAGUUUUGACUUCUGAAAAUUUGGUGAGAAAUCUCUGAAAAGUGUUCCUCUGUCAGACCCUUGUUUUGCAGAUUUUUCAGUGUAUGAGUUUUGCACUUGCUUCAAAACUGUAUGUGCUGUUAUUAGUGCUUGAGAAAAAUGUUCACCUCUUCCAUUCCAGGCCAGCACACAGAUAUUUUCGGAGCAUGACACUGAUCUACUCAGAGGAAAACAAAAAGACAAAUAGCCUUUUUUCAAAAGUAGAGUAUUUUUUUAAAUUAAAGCUAUUAAAGUGACCUUGUGGCUGCA